AACUCCUAACUGGGCUUCCAGAUUGAAGCGGAAACGGCUUCCUUCUUCUCCUGCUCUCGCCGCCUCUCAAUCGUAACUCUUAUCGCCUGACAACUCUGAAACCCUAAAAUAAGUAUCGCCGUGGAGACAGGUCAGAGAUUGCGUGAUGCGUAUACCUUCCUAUCUACUCCGCAAGCCGCCCUUCUUCGCGUCGACGCUGCCCUGGGUUUGCAGCAAUGGAGUAAGUACAAUGGCUAAGCCUGUGUGCUCAAAGUUUGUUCCUCUUGACAAUUAUGAAGGCGUAAUGAAUACUUCAGAUGGAUUCAAGUUCAGCUUCAUCUCCUAUAAUAUUUUGGCCCAGGUUUAUGUAAAGAGUUCUUAUUUUCCACAUUCUCCAUCUUCCUGUCUCAAGUGGAAAGCACGUUCAGAAUCUGUUCUAACUGACUUGAAGAACUUAAAUGCUGAUUUUUUCUGUAUACAGGAGUUGGAUGAGUAUAAUAGCUUCUACAAAAGCAAAAUGGAGAGCCUUGGGUAUUCAAGCCUUUAUAUUAAAAGAGUUGGGAAGAAACGCGAUGGAUGUGGAAUCUUUUACAAGCCAAGCAGUGCACAGUUGCUUGAAAUGGAGGAAAUUGAUUACAAUGAUCUUGCCAAUUGUGCGAAUACGGUUAGUGCAAUUAGGAACAAUAAAAUAUUGGAUCUUGAAGAAAAGGAUGCACAAAUACAAGAUUCUGAGAAGCAGCAAUCUAAUGAUCCGCUUGUGAGAUUAAAACGUGAUUGUGUGGGAUUAUUAGCAGCUUUUAAGCUAAAUGAUCCUUCUGGCCACAUUAUUGUAGUGGCAGACACUCAUAUUUACUGGGAUCCAAACUGGAUCGAUGUAAAGCUUGCACAGGCUAAGUAUCUUCUAUCAAGACUUUCACAGUUUAAGGAGCUUGUUUCAACUAAGUUCACUUGUACCCCUUCAGUGCUUGUUGCUGGUGACUUCAAUUCUACUCCUGGAGAUGAGGUCUAUCAGUACAUUGUAUCAGCUUCAGAAGCAGCCCCUAUCAAAUUGAGCAGUCUUUAUGCAACAAACGGGGGAGAGCCACCGUUUACAAACUGCACCCCUGAUUUCACUGGAACACUGGAUUACAUUUUUUUCUCAGCUUGUCGUCUGAAACCAGUAAGCCUAUUAGAAGUUCCAGGCCGCGACUCGCCCGACAUCGUUGGAGGGUUGCCCAACUACCACCAUCCCAGCGAUCAUUUACCAAUCGGUGCCGAGUUUUUAGUCCUCCAUUCUUCAUGAUAUAUAUUUGCUUUUUUGUAUAACAGAAAUUUGAUGGUAGGAACCUGCGUUCCAUAUUUUGUACAACAGAAAUUUGAUGACAGUUUGUUUCCUUCACUGAGUUAAUUCACGGGUGUAUUAUUGUGAAAAACAAAGUUAGGAGUGCCUUAGAGAUUAAUAAUUAGAGGUGGCCCCUAUUAUUCAUGAGGGACCCGGACAAGGGCGAGCGAGGCGGCCGCCGUCGGGACACGACCGUCCAUCAUCAUCCGACGACCCAUAUCUGACGGUUGAAUCUGAUCAAAUCGGCUGGGCCCAGGUUUGAUUAUCCUUCUCCAAGCGCCGGGUCAGCAAUGACCGCGGGUAGGCUGUCAACUUGUCCGGCCCCGUGGCCGCGGCUCUAAUAAUGGGCAGUUGGGAAGGGCUUGAGGCUUCGUCGUGUCGGCCACGCGAUUUGGGAAUUGGGAUUACGAUUCGCCGCUCUUCUCCCUCUCGCGAUCUCACUACGUUCUUCGUCGCGUGAGGUUUUGUUUCUACUGCUAGGCAUUGUAAUGGAGGUUGGUUUGAGGGGAAAACCUAGUGAAUCGUCCUCUUCUGAUAUUUCCUUUGCUAACCAGGAUAUUCAGAGAUGUCCAUUCUUGAGAAACAUCCAUCAACCUACUAGCUUCUCCUUCUCAGCUGUCAAUUUUUCUACCCCUGUAUGAGGCCAUGGUCCAAUCUUUGAAGAUGGACCAAAUUUUGACAAUGCAUUCAGGCUUUUCCAUGGACAUAAUGGGGUCGUUCCCCUCUCAGGAAGAACAUUUGUGCCUGAUCAGAAACUAGAGCCUGAGAUUUCACCUGAGUUUAAUCCCUUAGCAGCAAAGGCAGCCACAAUCAGCCUUUCAGCUUUUGGACCAGGAGGACCUUUUGGCUUUGAUUUCUUCUCAAACAAGUGGAAGAAGCAGAAUGGUAGAUCAUCCAAUUCUCAG